UGAAAGAGAGAGAAAGAUGGCGACAACAACGAGGAGACAUUCUCGCCGGCAUUUUCUAAGCGAUGACGAAGAAGAAAACGAAGAAAGCUUGCCUCAACCGCAGUUAGUGCGUACGCAGAAGCCAGAACACCAUGGGAGGAGGAAAAAAUUGAAGCUCGUAGACGAGGAUGACGAAGAGGAAGAAGUGGGAGAUAAGAAGAAAAGUAAGCAAAUAGAACCGUCAACGUGUGGAAUCACUGGAGAUGAUGAUCAGGAAGAACAUUUGGAGGACACCAAGCCUAUAGGAGAACCGAUUAGGGUUUCUGGAAAUGACCGUACAAAGCGAGAUCACUUCAAGUCUUUCCAGCAUGAAGGAAUCAUCUUCGAGCUUGAAGAUCAUGUGCUUAUAACUCCUGAUUCGGAAUUUGAAAACCCUGGUGUGGCAAUCAUUAAGGAUAUUUUUCAAACUGUAGAUGGGAGUAUUAUGAUUAACAGGCAAUGGUUUUAUCGCCCCAAGCAAGCAGAAAAAGAUGCAGAUAAAAGUUGGAAAUCAUGUGACAGGAGGGAGCUGUUCUUCAGUUUUCACAUUGAAGAGAUCCCUGUUGAAUCGGUUAUGCACAAGUGCAUAGUGCACUUUAUCCCUAAUAACAAGCCGAUACCACCACGUAAACAACAUCCCGGGUUUAUUGUGCACAAUGUGUAUGAUACGAAGGAAAAAAAUAUAUUCGAGCUCAUUGAUAAACAUCAUGAAGUAUCGAAACAGCAUGAAAUUGAUCUUCUUGUUCUGAAAACAAUGUCUCGGUUUGGGGAACCUCCUGAUACUGAGAUGCAAAAAAGGGUUUGUGAACAUGAAGAGCGGAACAAAAGGCUUCUUGUGGAGAGAAAUGUGGCACCACAUGCUGUUUCAGGGGAUGAUAAAAGGAAAACUGCAUAUGAUCUACGUUUAAAAUCAGAAACUUCGGGAAGUGUUAGAAGCAAUGAAUCAGAGUACUACGAUAUUUUGUUGAAGUUUAAAGCCCUGACUGGUGAAACACAACGUGACAAAUGGUUAGUGAAGCAUCUUCAAGGAAUUCAGUUUAUCUGUAGUCCAAAGGACAAUGGAGGCAUCGAUGCAGAAAAUGAUAAUAGGUUAAAUAAUGCUGUAACUUUCCUGUGGCCUGAUGCUGCUGUUUCGGCUGUGACUGCGCUUGAGAGGGCUGCACAUGAGACAUUUUCUUCAAAUUUCUUGAAGUAUAACCAGAAGAUGAGGCAGCUUUCGUUUAAUAUGAAGGACAAUACCAUGCUAGCCCAGCGUAUGCUAAAGGGAGAGUUAGAACCUUCAAAGAUACUGAAAAUGAAAUCAGAUGAAUUGAAGAAAGGUUUAUUAACAUCUGAAGAAUUUGCAAGCAAGGAGCCUGAAAAGCCAGAACAUUUGCGGAUGACUGAAGCCCGCUGCAGGAGAUGCAAGGAGAAACAAGUAGCUAUUAGAGAUGUAAUGAAAUCUCAACGUGGUGAACGUUAUCAGUUUGAAUGCAUUGUUUGUGGGAAUACAUGGUAUGGUUCUUGGGACGAGGCAACUUCAAUGAGUAUAGAUACGGAGGCAACACAACCAGGUACUGUAGGCACUGUUCCACUAGCAACAGCCAAGUUUGAAGAUGUUGAGAAGGCUGCCAAUAAGUCUGCUGGCGACAUUUUCAGAAAUUCAACUAAAGCGUACAUGCCAGUCAUAGAUCCACAAAAAAUAUCAGUUCCCAGAACUAGAACCGGAGGAGGAGACAAUGGUCCAACCACUACCAGAUAUGCAAAGAAGUAGUUUUGCACAUUUUAGCACACAUUUUCUCUCUAAGAUUAGAAGGUAUGUUUUGUGCUGCAUAUAUUUUCUGGUUCUAUAGACUAUAGUGGGGGAGAUUACAGAUGAUUGACUUGACUUGACUGAUUGGUAGUGUCUUUUGUGGUAAGGAGCCAAAUAUUACAAACUUCCAUUAGUGGCAAAAAAUGCUCUAUAAGCCUAAACUUAAGUGCUAUUCAUACUGUUUGUUUGUUUGUGUUUUAUUAACUUCCUAGGCUCCAGCCUUUCUUGCUCCCCCACCAAUUUUAGAUUUUUUGUUUACGCUAAGAUAAAGCCCUUUUUAUCGUUUUUUAAG